UAAACAUGAAAAAAAAGGUAAAUGUCAACACUUGUCCAUCAUCAAGGGAUGACGUUUGUGUGUGCAUGCAUAGUAUCUGUUUGUAUUUCCUUCUAAGAAACGUUAUCUUGUGUUUGAUCUGAAAAAAAUAAACAAACGUGAAUAGUUCCUAUAAAUAAGUGGAAAACAAUAAAAAAAAAAACCCAGAUACUUGAAGGAAAAACUACUUGAUAAACAUGAAUUCCUUCGCUAAAUAUUUCAGGGCACUAUCUGUAUUGUUUACGCUGUUCACAGCCAUGGGUGAUGCUUGCUGGACAAAAAGGACAUACCUUACCCUCACUAAUGAUCUGGGACCAGGCUUGCAGCUCUCACUUCAUUGCAAAUCCGGGAGUGUUGAUCUCGGUCAACAAUACCUCGCUCCUCAAGGUAGCUGGUCAUUUGAUUUUUGUUCUAGUUUUUGGGGAGUUACUUUAUAUUUUUGUAAUGCGGUAUGGAAUGGAGGAAACAAGUGGUUUGACGUCUACACAGGAAAGAGGGAUAGCUUUAUUUGUGGUGUAUGUGGCUGGUCUAUACGCCCAACUGGUCCAUGCAGGGAUCAUGGUGGCAAAGUAGAUUGUUUUCCUUGGAAUAGUUAGUCGUGUGAGCGUAAGUUGUUGAAGUGGAGGAGAUUUAGAA